AUGGACCAAAACGUAAAGAUACGUGUCACAGACGUUCUUGCGUAUACGUCAACAAAGUAUGCACAUUUAUUUGUCUUUAAUGUUGUUAUAUCUGUGGUUGCGAGGCAUCUUGGGAUCAUUCGUGUCGUCUGUUCUCUCCUCCUCCAUCUUGGUUGAUUUGGGAAGGUAGUGAAAAAUGGCUCUGUUAUCUUUCCGGUUGGCCGCAGCUGUUGCUAGGCAUUUGCCUAGCACUGUUCCACAGUCGGGACUGACGUGGCCAGCCGCCCAGGUGGCCGCCCGCAAGCUGCAUGUAUCCUGCAGCCAGCGUGCCGCUGAGAUCUCCUCCAUCUUGGAGGAGAGGAUCAUGGGAGCCGCGCCCAAGGCCGACCUGGAGGAGACAGGCCGCGUGCUCAGCAUCGGUGACGGUAUCGCCCGCGUCUACGGCCUCAAGAACAUCCAGGCCGACGAGAUGGUGGAGUUCUCUUCUGGACUCAAGGGAAUGGCCCUGAACUUGGAGCCCGACAACGUGGGCGUGGUGGUGUUCGGCAACGACCGGCUCAUCAAGGAGGGGGACAUUGUGAAGAGGACGGGAGCCAUCGUGGAUGUGCCUGUGGGCGAGGACCUGCUGGGGCGAGUUGUGGAUGCCCUGGGGAACCCCAUCGACGGCAGGGGCCCGCUGAAGGGCACCAGCAGGCUACGAGUGGGCAUCAAGGCUCCAGGCAUCAUCCCCCGCAUCUCCGUGCGGGAGCCCAUGCAGACUGGCAUCAAGGCCGUGGACUCGUUGGUACCCAUUGGCCGUGGCCAGCGAGAACUCAUCAUUGGAGACAGGCAGACUGGUAAAACUGCUCUGGCCAUUGAUACCAUCAUCAACCAGAAGAGGUUCAAUGACGGCGAGGACGAGAAGAAGAAGCUGUACUGCAUUUACGUCGCCAUCGGCCAGAAGAGGUCCACUGUGGCGCAGAUUGUCAAGAGAUUGACAGACACUGGGGCAAUGAACUACUCCAUCAUCGUGUCUGCGACUGCCUCUGACGCAGCGCCCCUACAGUACUUGGCCCCCUACUCUGGAUGUGCCAUGGGAGAGUUCUUCCGUGACAAUGGCAAGCACGCGCUCAUCAUCUACGACGACUUGUCCAAGCAGGCUGUGGCCUACCGACAGAUGUCUCUGCUGCUGCGACGACCGCCCGGCCGAGAGGCGUACCCCGGAGACGUGUUCUACCUGCACUCCCGUCUGCUGGAGCGCGCCGCCAAGAUGAACGAGACCAAUGGCGGCGGCUCCCUCACCGCUCUUCCCGUCAUUGAGACACAGGCAGGUGACGUGUCGGCAUACAUUCCCACGAACGUGAUCUCCAUCACGGACGGCCAGAUCUUCCUGGAGACUGAGCUGUUCUACAAGGGCAUCCGGCCGGCCAUCAACGUGGGUCUGUCGGUGUCCCGAGUGGGCUCUGCGGCCCAGACGCGGGCCAUGAAGCAGGUGGCCGGCUCCAUGAAGCUGGAGCUGGCGCAGUACCGUGAGGUGGCCGCCUUCGCCCAGUUCGGGUCAGACCUGGACGCAGCCACGCAGCAGCUGCUGAACCGUGGCGUGCGGCUCACGGAGCUGCUCAAGCAGGGCCAGUACGUGCCCAUGGCCAUCGAGGAGCAGGUGGCGGUCAUCUACUGUGGCGUCAGGGGCCACCUGGACAAGCUGGACCCCGCCAAGAUCACCGCCUUCGAGCGCGAGUUCCUCCAGCACGUCAAGACGACGCAGCAGCCGCUGCUGGCCAGCAUCGCGAAGGAGGGCAAGAUCGUGGAGGAGACGGACGCCAAGCUCAAGAAGGUGGUGCAGGAGUUCAUCAGCAGCUUCUCCGGGUAGACGCACCGCACCGCGUCUUUAGUACUGACGAGGACUAAUGAAGUGUACAUUCGUGGCAGUCUCUGUGGACCUUUCCUGUCGGGGCGACGGUGACGUUCCUACGUAAUGUCUCGUUUCUUUGUCGCACUUUGUAAAUUGUCACAAGUUCGUGUACUUGAUAUAUGUAUUGACAUAAAGUUACAACAGUGGUUUGCACCGUACGGUGACA